AUACAGUGAACAAUCUGUCAUAGCCCUGCAGCCAAUGGCAUGAGGGCUUCCUGCUUUCGUGGUGCCACAAAGUUCGACCUCUGCUGGGGCCCUUCAAGAUCAGCCCACGGGACGACUAAAGCAACUCUGGCCGUGCGCCCAUGACAACCAUAUUGCGCACGGAAAAAACUACGCGCGAGUGCAAAUGCACGACAUGAUUACGGAAACCAAACUACUUUACCUGGACUCCACGCUGCCACUACGUCCAUUUUUUUUUAGGUGGUCGGGGAUAGGGGGCUGUAAUUAGAUCUCGGACGGGAUUGUUUUUGUUACGAGUGAGUUUCACGUGGUAGCCUGUUGUUUGGUGCGAAGGGGGAGCGAGACGCAACUGUCACCGGCUGCUCUUCGGGGUCUCUCGUUGUCCAAGCAUGCCUGCCGGAUUCCAGCAACUGAACGGGGGGGAGACGGUGACCCGGACCCUUGCUCUGUCCGUGUUCACCGCAGUGCUGGGGUCGCUACAGUUCGGAUACAACAUCGGCGUCAUCAAUGCUCCCCAGAAGAUCAUUGAGCAGGACUACAAUGCCACGUGGCAGCACCGGUACGGGGAACCCAUCUCCCCCGGGACCCUCACCUCCCUGUGGUCGCUGUCCGUCGCCAUCUUCUCCAUCGGGGGCAUGGCCUCCUCCUUCUGCGUGGGCUUCGUCUCAGAGUGGCUGGGCAGGAGGAAAGCCAUGCUGAUCAACAACCUGUUUGCCUUCAUCGGGGGCGGGCUCAUGGGCAUGUCCAAGAUCUGCCGCUCCAUAGAGAUGAUGGUUCUGGGACGCUUCGUCAUCGGGGCCUACUGCGGUCUGGCCUCCGGGCUCACCCCCAUGUAUGUGGGGGAGAUCGCCCCCACCAGCCUACGGGGGGCCCUGGGCACGCUACACCAGCUGGCCAUCGUCACAGGCAUCCUCAUAGCACAGGUGCUGGGUCUGGAGGCCCUGCUGGGCAGCGAGGCGCUGUGGCCUGUGCUGCUGGGGGUGACGGUUCUGCCCACCGUCCUGCAGAUGGCACUGUUGCCCUUCUGUCCAGAGAGCCCCCGCUUCCUCUACAUCGUCCGCAGCCAGGAGCACCAGGCCAAGAACGGUCUGCGGCGGCUGACGGGGCGUCACGACGUGGGUGACCUGCUGGCGGAGAUGAAGGAGGAGAAGAGGAGGAUGGACAUGGAGAGGAAGGUGUCCAUCCCGGAGCUGUUCCGCUCCAACGUGUACCGGCAGCCCAUGUUCAUCGCCAUCCUGCUGCAGCUCUCCCAGCAGCUGUCCGGGGUCAACGCUAUCUUCUACUACUCCACCAGUAUCUUCAUGAAGGCUGGGGUGCAGAGUCCCGUCUACGCUACGAUAGGAGCUGGAGUCGUCAACUGCGCUUUCACUGUGGUGUCGCUCUUCCUGGUUGAGAGGAUGGGCCGACGGACCCUCCAUAUGCUGGGACUGGGAGGGAUGUGUGUGUGUGCCCUCGUCAUGACAUUGGCACUCGCCUUAUCGGACAGCAUUCCGCCCUUCGUCAGCAUGCUGGCCAUCUUCGGCUUCGUGGCGUUCUUUGAGAUCGGGCCCGGGCCCAUCCCCUGGUUCUUCGUGGCCGAGUUGUUCUCCCAGGGCCCGCGUCCGGCGGCCAUGGCGGUGGCGGGCUUCUCCAACUGGACCGCCAACUUCCUGAUCGGCAUGGGCUUCCAGUCCUUGGCUGACCUCUGCGGACCCUACGUCUUCCUGAUCUUCGCCGGGCUCCUCCUCUUCUUCCUCGUCUUCACCUUCUUCCGCGUGCCGGAGACGCGGGGGAAGACCUUCGACCAGAUCUCCGCCGGCUUCGGCCAGCGGCCGGUGUCUGGCAUGAUGGACAUGGACCUGGGCCUGGGCCUGGACGCAGAUAAGCUCAGCACCGAGCUCGACUGCCUGGGGGAUGACCUGAACUGAGGAGGGUGU